CGCAGCGCGGCCGGAAGGGGGACGCUGGUUUGGCGGGACACAUCCGCUUUCUUUUGAUCGCCGAGGUCUGAGCCUGGCAGAGAGCUGCUCCCGCCUUGUCCUCUGCGGCGGGUCUGGGCCGGGGCUUCCCUUUCGCUGCCUGUAUGGCCGCCGCCGUGAACUUUAAAACUCAUGUGGAUCAGACUUGUAGAGCUGCUGAAGAGUUUGUCAACAUUUACUAUGAAACGAUGGAUAAAAGAAGAAGGGUGUUGGCUAGACUCUAUUUGGACAAAGCAACAUUAAUUUGGAAUGGUAAUGCAGUGUCUGGACAAGAAGCACUGAAAGAAUUUUUUGAAAUGUUGCCAUCUAGUGAAUUCCAAGUUAAUAUGUUAGACUGCCAACCUGUUCAUGAGCAAGCUACUCAAAGCCAGACAACAGUCCUUGUAGUGACAUGUGGGAGAGUAAAAUUCGAAGGCAACAAGCAACGUUACUUCACCCAGAAUUUCUUACUGACAGCACAAGCUACACCUACCAGCACAGUGUGGAAGAUUGCAAGUGACUGCUUCCGCUUCCAGGAUUGGGCCAGUUAAUGGGGACUGAGAGGUGAUUGCUUUCCCUCUUCAUUGCGUGACUUUAGCUCUCUGGACAGUCAUUCUCUAAACGUGGAAGACCUUUAUCCCUCACUUAGUGUGCCGUUCGUUCUGGAAGUACUGCAGAUCUGUGUUGUGCUAGUCCUAGUGGCCAUGGACUUAAUGGCAAAUGUAUUUUUGAAAUGGAAGAAGUUUGCUCAAGUUACUUGGGCCCCUGUGAAAUAUUUAAGGCAGUGAGCCAGAGGACUUAACCGUUCCUGAAGUUUGUGUUAGUGAUUCUCUCAUGUAAUGUUGAAAUCAUUCCUGUAAAUGCCUUACAUACAACUAUCCUGCUGCUCCAGGAACUUUUUCAAUAAUAUUGAAUGCUAAAAUCUCCACUACUUGGACACUGAAUCCCUUCAUACAGAUGUGCAAUCAUUUCAGCUUAGAAACACCAUCUUUGAAGCAGAUACCCACGACAGUGAGAAAUGGAGUUAGUUGCUCAUAUGUGACCUAUAUAUGAAACUUAGAACUGCUUAUUUUGAGCCUUGAGCUUGAUCUGGCAAUCAUUAGAGUUCUUUUUUCCAAUAAGAGUGACAACAUCAAAGUAACUUCUCAUAUAAUAGAUGGGAGAGAUCCCACUUGGAGUUGUAGUGUCACCAAUGAAUUACAUGGUUUGGGGGAUGGGGGAAUAAAGGGAUUGGCAAAUACAGUCAUACUUUCUGCUUCCUCUCUGAAAAUUGAAAAUAUAACUUUUGAACAUGUGUAAACUCUCAAAAAAUCAUCUGUUGUAAAGCCAAUGUUUUUAGUGUCCUUGAUGUACAAGGAAUACAACACUUACCAGGUUUCCCCUUUGGCUUAACCCUGUUAAUAUUUGGUUAUGAUCACUUAUGUAGAUCUAGGUCCACACUAACAGCUCUGUUGAAUGCAAAGGGAAAGGAUAACCAUAUUAAGCUGAUUUGAGAAGCUGCUUCCCUUUCUUUGGAAGUCUUGGAGUAUAAGCUACAUAUCAGUCAUCUGUUUUCUGUAUCUAGUAAUUUCAUUAUUACAACGAAGCACAACAUACUUAUUUUAUUGCAACUUUUUCUCCUUUUUUGAAUUUGCAAGCUUUUACCCCAUCAGUCUGAAACAUUAUAAUAGGAAAGUGGCAUUGAAAUUGUAUAUAUAAUAUGGUAGUCAUCUCUUUAGUGCAGUUGUUCAGAGUAGAUACUUUGACUACUGUGGUCCCAGAAGGAUAUUAACCUCUCUACGUGAGAGAAUUUUAUCUUCCUUCGAUCCGCAGUUAAUGCACAACUUUCAUUUGUCUUUCUCCUGUUUGGUUUUUAUUAUGGGUUUCUCAGAAUAUGUUUACCUUCAUUUGCUAUACUCUUGGUUCUAUUUUUAAUUUUUUUUUUUAUUGUUUUAAAGUUUAGAGGGUAGCUUGCUUUCUUAACCCAAAUUAACGCUUUAGAUCUCAGAAUGGCAGCACUUUGUGUUCAGACUGCUAAUCUAAGUUGAGCAAAUUAAAAGGAUAGAAAUCUAGUCACGUAGUAAGUACUUGAAAACACACACUCUGCUUGUAAGUAAAAAUAUAUUCGACAGUAACUUGUAUAUCUGAUCUUAAUUUCAUCCUGACGGAUGUUUAGACAAUUCACAAGGAUGUUACCUUUAUACUGGGUAACAACUCAUUUUAUUCCUUAAAUCAGAAAACAGAAAAUAAACCAUAUUUUAAAAACUUAUGUAUACUUAACAUAUGUUUUAACAAAUAAUGGUAUAAGUUGAUAUAAAGACGAAAUGGUUGGCUGCACCAGUAUUUCCAGGUUUCCAGCAAUAUUUAUAUCAUUAGGCUGGCAAAUUUGUAAUAUAUUGGCCAACUCUCGUAAAUGGAAAAUUUUCUAUAGUUAAAGUCUGAAAUGGUCUCUCUAAAGUCUUUGCUCAAGAAACUGCUUCCUCUGUUUUCCUUCUUUUGAGAAAACAGGAAUCUAAAAAUGGCGUAAGGACUACAAAACUGUUUUAAGUUGUAGCUAUUGUAAAUGUAUUGCGAUCUGUGUGCAUAGUGGGGGAAAGAUUGACCUUUUUAACUGUGUAAUGUUACCUUGCAAUAAUGUUGGGAGGUUUUCAUAUCUUUUCUACCAGAUCAAAAGAACAAUUAACAUUGAAGUUACCUGCUAAUUAAAUAGCAUUGUUGAACUGUGGUGGUGUUGUAUUAUGGUUACAACUCACUGUUUCUUACACUAGGAAUAUGAAUUUCAUCUGUAUAACAUUUAUGGGUGAAAUUCCAGCACUGGGCUUCUGAAUUAUGAAGACAUUCAGUCUUCAGAACACAAUAUUCUUAUACCAAACAAACACAUUUAUACUCAAGUAAAUAUUUAUUUAAAAUUAUUGGGAUGACACCUUAAAUCUUAAAUUAGCAUGUUCAAUUGUCUAAGACUUUCUGCCACAACAAUGGAAGUUUUAGAUGUAGAUGUAGACAUUCUAUACAUUCUGUUCAGAUGGAAACAGGUUUGGGCUUUAAGUAUGGCUGGUGCUCUAUUUGAAGCAUAAUUUAGUAUGUGCACAAACUAACCUAGUUGUUCAAGCUCUGCCUUCCAUUGUGUUAAUUUCACAGUUGGAAGUGGAUCUUGGCUGUUGCUAGCAUGGAUUUUUGUGGAAGUGAUGAUCUUCCACACUGUUCUUCCUGCUUCCCUUCCCUUGUUACUACACCUUCAGUAGAGCCAUAAUAAGGUUUGGCUUUGGCAGUUAUUGAUGAUUAUGUCUCUUUAGCUGGAGGUGAUCUGCCUUAAAGAAAAGAGGCGUGCUCAGGCUGCCAUAAUUGCCUGCUAACCAAAAUUCUUGAUUUUCUUAAUACUUGUACAAAAUCAUAAGAACUAAACUGCAUAGAAGUCCAAACACUCUGAUGCUUUCCCUUGCUAUUAAAAUAGUAAAUUCUGGGCAUGUAGCAAAGCAGUAAUACAAAAUCAAGGUGAAAAGCUAAGCAAAUGCAAAUCCUAAUAUCAUCUUCUGGCACUUGACAAUUGGAUAGACCUAUUUUGCCUAUCUUGUAUUGCCUCCAUUAGUCAGUUUUGUUUUGUCAUUCUAGUUAUGUUGUUUUGCUCUUUUUAGCAUGCCACAAAUAAUUGAAAAUGCUCAGUGCUGCCAUUUCUUGGAGGGAAGUAUUUUGUCUUCAAAGGCUAGCGUAGGUAACGCUUGUUAUCUGAUGAGACUUCUGAGUAUAUAAAGAAGUGAUGCUUUUUUAACAUCAAAAUAGCUUUCCACAAACUUGAAUGUUUUAUAAUCUUUUGCAACUGUUUAUGGCCUCUUGUAAGGGUGUCACUUAAAAAAAUUGCUUGAUCUGGUAUUUUAUUUUUAUUACAAGUUUUCAUAGUGUUUUCUUACUAUAUUAAAGUUCAGGAAAUAA